AUGCCACGCACGACGGGCCCACCACGCACGCGGCGUCGACGGCGUGCGAAUGCAGCGUCGCAGCGACGCGAGAGGUCGUCCACGUCGGCCGGCCGACGUGGCAUGCUCGAUCGACUCUCGCCUGCGAAUGGACGUCUUGCGUCGCACGACGGGCCGGCCACUCUCCCCCCACGCAUGCUUGCGUCGUCGGCUCCCGCGUGCUUGGGUCGACGGCUCGAGCGACGAGGCCGGAUGUCGCCCGUCGUCGUCCUGCCGUGGCGUGUCGCCGGCCGCUGCUUGUCUCUGCCACUCCGCCGUCGUGCACGCCUGGGGGCCGCCGCCCAACCAGCGGCGAGCUCGUACGACCGACCAGCUGGACGGUGCGGCGGCACACGUACGAGCGAGCAUGCACGCGCAUGCAUGCACCGUGACGGCGGGGGAGGGAGCAUGCAUGCGGCACCUGGCAAGGACGCAGCCAGCCGGCAACGACGUUUGGGUACGGCGUCAAAGGCCGGCGUGGAAUCCUGCGGUGGUGCGGCGCGGCAGGCCGUCUCGCACCCGCUCGAGCAGCAGGCGUACCGUUGCGCUGCAUUAUUACGUGCUGGCUCGCCUCUGCGGCGACACGUACCGCUCGCCGACUGCCGCCAGCAGCACUCGACUCGGUACGGAGGACUCGCAAGUCCCAUCAGGCCAUGGCACCCGGUGCUGGUUCGAAACACCAUGGGCACUAGUGCGCACACGUGCUCUGCUCUGCUCGUGGUGCAAUUUCUCACCCACCUUUACCUUUUCCCGGCACGUACGUACUUGGACAUGCACGGUCACGUCCUCGUCGCAUCCCACGACGCCCACGGAGGUGAAACGUGGUUUGCCAGGGAAGCUGGCCAAGGGCGGCGUCUGCUCUGGCGCUCACCUCCCCACGCCCUAGCGGCAUCCCGAGACCACGAGACCACGAGACCGAGGGUACGAGGUGGUGGUGGUGGUGGUGCCUGCGAGCCAAGGGUUGUCAUGCGUGCGACGACGGAGAUGCGCGCUUCACCAAUGCCAGGCGCUGCACCCAUGCCAGGUGCUGCACCCAUGCCAAGUGCUGCACCCAUGCCAUGUGCCGCACCCAUGCCAGGUGCUUGCUGCACCCAUGCCAGAUGCUGUACCAGUGCUAGGAGCUGUACUUACGGAGGGCCCUCGCUGCAGGUGAACGUGCCUGCACCGCAGUCUACGGCGCCGCGAGCGUGCCAUGGUUCGAUUCGCCAUGCGGGAAGCGGUUGGCACUCGUGGUCCCUGCAGGCUACGGCCUACGCUCACGCCCGCGACGCUGGCGGCAUCGUCGUUUCUCCUCCGUCGCCGUUUCGAACCCACGCCGGCGGCUUGGACGCCUUUUCAUCGAAACGCAUUCCUGCGGCUCACCCGGCCGUCUCAGGUUCAGAGGCCCAUGGCCUGUUUUGCCCCCGACAAACGACGGCCCGCUACGUGCUGCGCACCGGAGACGACCAACGCCACGGCCGGCGAGCGAGUGCAGGCGCAGGCAUCCACCGGCGUGCUUGA